AUGUCGGUGGAGGUCGGACAUGAAAAAUCUCGCUCGUUUGCUGGCUGUCCCUAUCAGCGAUUACGUGGUAACUUUCAUCUCACUGGCAGCCGCGACCACACUGCUCUCGUGGACGACAGAAGGGCGUUCGGCCCGCAGGUGGCUGGCGGAGGAUCGCGGGCGCAGGGAGAGGUGUCGCUCGCGCUUCCCCUACCAUACACACCCGCCCAUUCACUGUUAGCAGGUAACUGCUCCUUCUUGUAG